AUACGUUUAUGAUGUAAGAAAAAUAUUAGACAAAAGGUUUUUAACUCACUAUACACUAGAUAUAAGCCGAUAAAAAUUGAUUGUAAUAAUAAUAAUUUUGUUUCAAUAAAUAAUAAUUUUGUUGAUUCAAGUGAGCUUAGCCAGAACAAAAAAUCAGUUGGUUAUUCUGAUAAUCAACUAUACAUAACCAUAAAAAACAAAUUCAAAAAUAUUCAAAAAAUAUUUGUUUUAAAUAAAGUUAAAUUUCUAUUUUUUGAAAUGUCGAAACCUUGGUUUAAAAAGAAUUAUAAAAGAGUUAGUAAAUAUAAAGGUGACGAUCCUAGUGAUGUAAAUAAUCUACCAAACUAUGGAUAUUUAGGGUUCAGACUUUAUUUCCCCGAUGCAGAUCAUAUAAACGAAGAGAUGUUAAAAAAACACGUAAAUACGUUCAAAACAUUCUUUCAACAAAAUCAAACGUGUUAUUCUUUACCGGAAAUCGCCAAAGAUAAAUUAUUUAACUUGGAUUUUAAACAAAUAACUGGAGACGAGAACAUAUUAACAAAUUGGCCCGAAUUUAAGGAAGAAUUAUCGAAUGACUCAGAAUAUUGUUUAAAUUGUAUAAGUUUAGCCAUGCACGAUUUAAUUACCAAGUAUUAUGAAGAACAAAACGAACAAAAUUUGAUAUUAUUCGAACCGAUAACUGCAAGAAUUUGUAAUGUGGAACCAUUUUUACAUCUAAGAGAACUCAGGUUUCAAUACAUUGGUAAACUGGUAACUAUUAAAGGAACUGUGAUAAAAACUAGUGAUGUAAAGUUAAUUGCUCAGUAUUUAACGUUUACAUGUAGCAAUUGCUUUGGUACUCAAAUAUCAAAACAACCAGAUAAUGUUUACACAGUACCACUUAGUUGUAAGACUAAAGAUUGUAAAGCCAAGACUAAUUUUAGUGUGGAACUCGCGUCUCCUUAUGAUAAAUUUGUCAGUUGGCAAUCGGUUAAGAUUCAGGAACCACAUUGGGCUGACCAGUAUGACCAUGCCAGAACUCCAAGAACUCUUGAUUGUGAAUUAACAGAAGAUUUAGUAAAUACUUGUUUCCCAGGAGAUGACGUAACUAUUUCUGGUAUAAUUAACGUAAGAGAUGUUAAUAGUAACAACGGUAAAAAUAAACAAAACUCCAUAUUCAAUCUUUAUUUGAAAGCGAUAUCAGUUUUUAAUAACAAAAAACAAUGUAAAGGUGAAUAUAACAUCGGGAUAUCUUUCAAUCAAAAUGAUUAUUUCGAUAUACAAAAAAUCCAUUGUGCUCAAAAUUCAUUUGCUCUUCUAGUACAAUCUCUAUGUCCCAAUAUAUAUGGGCAUGAGAUGGUUAAAGCUGGUCUUCUCUUAGCAUUAUUCGGUGGUACUAAAUCUGAAUCAUUCCGAGGAGAAUCCCAUGUAUUAGUUGUAGGUGAUCCUGGAUUGGGAAAAAGUCAGAUGUUACAAGCAUGUACGAAUGUUGCACCUCGAGGGGUUUACGUAUGUGGAAAUACAAGUACAAGUUCUGGAUUAACAGUCACAAUGACUAGAGAUGGAGAGGGAGAAUUUUCUUUGGAAGCAGGAGCUUUAAUGUUAGCAGAUCAAGGUUGUUGUUGCAUCGAUGAAUUCGAUAAAAUGCCUACCCAGCAUGCAGCUCUUUUAGAAGCUAUGGAACAACAAACUAUUAGUAUAGCUAAAGCCGGAACGAUUUGUUCUAUCCCUACAAGGGUUACUAUGUUAGCUGCAGCUAAUCCCGUAGGAGGUCAUUACAAUAAAGCCAGAACAAUAGCGGAAAAUUUGAAAAUGAAUUCACCUAUGCUAUCAAGAUUCGAUUUGAUAUUUAUUUUAGUCGAUACCGUAAACGAAGAAACAGAUUGGCUCCUAUCGAAGCACGUGGUCAGCAUACAUUUAGAACAAAGCGAAAAAAGUAGAAUCCAAAAUAAUUCGGUGUCUAUUGUAGAAUCUAGUAAUGGAAAUUUAAGAGACCGUUUAAAAUUUGACGCUUCCAAAGCCGAUUUGGUUCCCCAUAAUUUAUUUAGAAAAUAUAUAGCUUACGCCCAGAAAUAUGUCAAACCGCAAUUAUCGGAUGAUGCGAAAAGUGUCAUUAAACAGUAUUACCUAUCGUUGCGUAAACAAUUCCAAACUGGCGACUGUACUCCUGUUACGACUAGACAGGCCAACUCCUUAAUUCGAUUAACUCAAGCAAGAGCAAAAGCUGAGUUACGAGAAGUGGCAACCAAGCAAGACGCCGAAGAUGUAGUAGAAAUUAUGAAGUGGAGUCUGAACGAUAUUUUCAGUGAUGGUACUGGAGUUUUGGAUAAAACACGUUCUCAAAACGGUACCGGAACAAGUAUUAAAGCACAAAUUACGAGGCUCUUAAGGAUAGUGCAGAGAAUUUCAGAAAUAGAAACGAGAUCUAUUUUUGGUACAAAUGAACUGAAACAAUUAAGUGAACAAGCGGGUAUAGCUAAAAACAAAUUCAACACGGUUUUGGAAAAUUUAAAUUUACAAGGAUUCCUGUUGAAAAAAGGUCAAGGCAAAUACCAAUUGGUUACAGCUGAUUUUUAGAUUUUUUCUUUGAAUUCGUAUAUUUCAAAUGUUGCAAUAAAAUGUCAUCUCAAUUCUAUUUAGAUCAUUCCAUUGAUUUUUGCGGUACCAUAAAAAAUAAAGUUUUGUAAUCCUUAUUACCACUUCAAAUCUUAUAAAUUGAUUAAAUUAUCAAAAUUGUCCCCCUUUGCUGUAAGGUUUAGUUAUACUACAUGUUUAUUAUGAUUUUCUCCAUGAUAUCCUAAAUUUCUUUUGAGAUUCAUCUUCACUAACUUGUAGUUAUUACAACUUUUAGAAAUUUUCCAGUUAUACUAGUUUGAGAAGAUGCGAUUCAUAAAAAUAUGAACCAGUUGCAACUCUCCGAUGCCCAACUACUAAACAUCAAACUAACAUUUUUUUCCAGUUUUGAUUGAAUGUGAAAUAAAGGAGUCUUUGUUCCAAUCAUAAAGCAUGACCAUAUUAUUUAAUACCCAAUUUAGUUCAUAAAACCAAUAAAAGAAAAUUAACCCAUUCUUCUCUUUUCCUUCUAUUUUUUCAGAAAAACCAUAAGAAAAUUAUUGUAUGUCAAGGAAUGUCAGGUUGUGCUCUGCUUAGGCUUAUCUUAUUAAUAUAAUACCUCUCAGAGAUUCAGGUCAGGAUCAUUCUGGUUUCAAUCAAAUUGCCCAGCUCUAGUGUUAACAUUUCAUUAAUUUCAUUUCAUAUGAAAAAUGACAUUUUGAAUUAUUGGUUUAUGUUAUUAACUGUGGGUUAUUAAUCCAUCGUUUCGGUAAUCAUCUGAUCCAAAACCACUCUGAAUUUAUAUGAAAACAUUGACAUUUUGCUAGUUAACAAUUUGAAGAUACAGGAACCAUUGUUGUUCAUCUACAUUUUACUGUGUUUCUGUUGCUGUAAUUUUGUAAUUAUCUGAUCCACAACCUAUUCUGAUUUCACAUGAAAACAAUAGCAUUUCGCCAAUUUUCAACAAACUAUUUCUUGUGUUGAAGACACAAUAUUAACACUAUCUGGAACCAUUCUUGUUUAUUUGCUGUUAACUCGGUUCUUGGUGCUGUUGACCGUAGGUUAUCAAUUCUUUAUUUUGGGAUACAUCUGACCCAAAACAAAUUCAGUAUUCAUUUAAAGACAAUGACAUUUUGCCAAUAUUUGGCGAUAAAGUGGUGGUAAUUUAGCACUAGUAUAAAUCAUUCUUGUUCAUUUGCGUUUUACCUCAGUUUCUGUUGUUGACUGUAAGGUAACAUUCCAUUUUGUGUUGUAUAAAUUGUUAUUUUUACAUGAAAAAUACACAGUUUAUACAAGAAACAA